UCAGGGGUACCUUCCUUAUUGUCUUGUCAAGCCACAACUUACAGUAUAGCUAAUGCUUUUACAACCUUACUCGCACAGAGGAAGAGGUUUGUUUCGUGUUUGUGGUUGGUUGGGGGAGGGGUUUUACAAACAGACCAGGCAGGAAGAGACCUGAAUGUAAACAUUGUGUCAAAGACGUGAUAGACCCCUGCGGUGUUUGGGCUGUAAUACUCAUUGAUAGCCAUUAUAACGUGAGAAUCGUAAAAAAAAUGUUUUAAUAUCAAACCCUAGAGACACAUUUUUCAUAAAACGAGCGACCCCCACCCCUCCAGAAACCAGGGUCAAAGUUCACAGGAAGCUGGGGGGCUGCCAUUUUUCCCUGCUAACGUUAGAUGCUAAAACGACGGGGAGGGUGGUUGGUUUUGGAUUUUGUAGCUAGCUGGUAUAAACCGAUCGGAUUCGUUAAACAAAACCCGUCAUUUCUCCGACCGUUGUCGCUAACAACCAUUGUUAUUGGAUGAAUUCGGCAUGGAGAAGGUAGCGGAGCCGUCUUGGACUUCUUCGUACACCUAUCAGGUGAGCAAGCACAGUGCGGAGAUGCUACACAACCUCAACAUUCAGAGGAAAGAUGGAGGAAGGUUCUGCGAUGUGAUCCUACGCGUCGGCGAGGAGAGCUUCCCUGCACACAAAGCUGUGUUAGCGGCGUGCAGCGAGUAUUUCGAGUCGGUCUUCGGCCGCCAGACGGAGGGCGACGCCAAGGAGCUGGAGAUGCACACUAUCAGCCCAAAAGUUUUUAAAGACGUUUUGGACUUCGCAUACACCUCUAGGAUUGUAGUGCGACUGGAGUGUUUUCCGGAGUUGAUGACAGCUGCCAAGUUUCUGCUUAUGCGAUCCGUUAUUGAGAUAUGUCAGGAGGUAAUCAAGCAGUCAAACGUACAAAUCCUCGUCCCAACCUCACGGGGAGGAGAAGCCAGCCUUUUCCAGGCCACAGGGGCCACGGAGCUGGGUUUCCCGGUGGCGCAGCAGGAUCUGGUGAACGGAAUGGCAAUGCUGGUGAACGGUCAAAGCUUUGCUAACAAUGCACAAAUGCAUGUGGAUGGGAGUGAAGACACUGCCGCCGUGUUAUUGGAGGACGGCGGCGGGUCGUCGAUGCGAAUGUUGGUGCCUGUCGAAGCACUGUCCGUUUCCCCAUCAACGGAAACACCGGGAAUCACGUUUCAACAUGACGCUGGCUCCCCGGGAUCGAAAAGGAACAAGGGGAGACCAAAGAAAGGUGUCGGUGUCGUGGGGGCUGUACACUUUAAUCACAGCACCCAGAAGGACAAUGGGCUGUUUCCAUGCGGGACUUGCGGUAAAGCAUUUACAGAGGCUUCCCGGUUGAAGAACCACGAAGCGCAACACGGAGCCCACACCGGCGGUGUAAACAACGUCGACGACAGCCUGUCAUCAGCGGGCGGUAUUUCUUUAAUGUCUCAGUCGGGUUUAGUGGAAAACGGCGUGCAGUUACACGGAGGGCUCACACUGGAUAACGGCCGCAAACGGGAGAGGACCAGGCGGCAUGUCGGCUGUGACAUUUGCGGUAAAGUUUUCCGCGACGUUUACCACCUGAACCGACACAAGCUCUCCCAUUCAGGAGAGAAGCCGUACGCAUGCCAUGUUUGCGGGCUCCGUUUCAAACGCAAGGACAGGAUGUCGUACCAUGUGCGGUCCCAUGACGGGUCAGUCGGGAAACCUUAUGUAUGCCAAAGCUGUGGUAAAGGUUUUUCAAGACCAGACCACCUAAAUGGACAUAUUAAACAGGUUCACACAACAGAGAGACCACACAAGUGCCAGAUUUGUAAUGCCUCUUUUGCUACAAGAGAUCGCCUCCGGUCACACCUUGCAUGCCAUGAGGACAAAAUUCCUUGCAAAGUUUGUGGCAAGUUUCUGCGAGCUGCCUACAUGACAGACCACCUCAAGAAACACAGUGAAGGGACGCACAACUACUGCGGCAUUUGCAACAAAGGUUUCUCCACUGCGUCCUACCUUAAGGUCCAUAUAAAGACACACCAUGGCUCUCCACUGCCCCCCUCUGCCACAAUACACACCUUCCCUGAGCCAAGGGGGGAGCUGCAGAUGCACAACGGCACCCCUUACCACAUGGGACGCCAGUGCUCAGUGGAAGACCUGUGUGCCAGUCACCAGCUGCUUCUCACCUCGUCUGAGGCAGAGGGUCGCUUUCAUGGGCUCUCUGGACACCCAGUUCUUCCCCAUCCUGGCCCUCCAGCCUUAGGCCAGCAGCCUGAGCUGCUCAUGGGGAAGGCAGGUGGGGCUCCAUAUUUCUGGGAUUGUCGCUCUGGCGGGGUGCCUGGCUUCCCUGUCCAUGGGCCUGCUGCAGAUGGGCAGGAAAACACUGGGAAAUGUCCCCAUCUGGAAUCAGAAGAAUCCGAUCCUUCAUUUGGAGAAUUGUCCAACGGUGACGAGCUGAAGUCUCCACAAAAACCUGACGGACCGGAGCUCGAGGUGCCCCCUUUAGUCUGUAACGGAGCCUCUGUGGAGGCCUUGGGUUCUCCAGAGGGAUCUAAGGCCAAGACGGACCCUGAGAAGAAGUUUAGCUGCGGUAUUUGCGGUCAGGCCUUCCGCACCAAGUCCUACCUCAACAAGCACCAGCACAGAGUUCACAAAGCCCAGAAGGCCCAGGGGGUUUCAGGGUCGGGCUUAAAUGAGCUAACCCCCUCCCUGACCUCUCCCUUCUCCCCUCAACAAAACAUGUCCCUGCUUGAGUCUUUUGGCUUUCAGAUAGUCCAGUCUGCUUUUGCCUCUUCACUGGUUGAUGCUGAGGCAGGUCAAAGUGGAAUCGACUUUGGAGGGAAGUGACAUAUUUGCUAAAGUUAUAGCAAAGACUCCAAUCUUAUGACAAAGCUGGGUUGCCCACAGAAGAUGCUCUGUAUGUGGGAAUAACUUUGCCUCAAGGCUAAUUUUUCUUUGUUACGUCACUUAAUGUGUAUCCAAUAUUUUUGUCACAGACGCCAUACAAUUCCUACUUUUUCUACUUUUUCAGAGUAUGAAAAGUGCAUGCACGUGUUGACAUUUUCUUUACAAAGAAACGUCAUGAAGGUCUUAUGUUCUUUACCUGAUGUGGAUCAGUUGAAGUUAUGUUUGGUAUUCUUUGCUUGCGUGUUAUUGAGCUUUUUUCACUGCACAAACGUUUUUUGACAAGUAAUUACUUACUGUUUGUUUGCCCACUUUAACGGCUCUGAUGUACCUUGGCCAAUACAAUAAUUUUAAUGCUUCAUAUUCCUUGUUCCCUUAAAGGCUGUUUGAGGGAACAAGGCUGCUAAACAGUUGUCUUUACUUCAGAGCACCAAGAGGGCUGAAUUCUGUAUUUAUGUUUCUGCUUCUUUUAAGAAAGAUUUUGUUUUUUCUUAAGAAUAGGGAUUUAAUUUGGCUCAAUUUUGAUAGCGGGUUUUCUUGUAAUAUAGUAAUUGUUCCAAGAAAUAUUUCUAACAAGCGCACGGCAUAUUUCUUGACACAGUUAGCCUAUUUUUCUUUGGCUUCAUACAGAAAGUAUCAGUUUGCAGGCCACUGAGUAUCACUGAUAGCUGUCAGGGACCUUAAUGAAUUACUAUUGACAGGAUUACAGUUAAGAAGCACUUUUAAACAAAUACUUAUUUUUUGAAUCGCCACCAUCAAAUCUAGCACUUUUUUUUUUUUUUUAGGUAAAACAAGAGAAUAAGCUACCUCACUGAAGAAAAGAACACCAUUGUGUUUCUCAUAGUUGAGUUAAAUGUUGCUCCAACUUCAUGAGACUUUAACAAUAAAAAGUUGAAGCAAAUGUAAAAACCAACCACUCUUCCUGAAAUGGGAAAAGCUUUAAAAGCACCACAGCUUUAUUUCUUUUAGUUUUAUUUUCAGAUCCAGGUCUUUAAUGUUUGUAGAGCCUACUGUAGACACAGUUCUUUUUAAUUAUUUGAACAAAUCCUUUGAGGAGUGUUGCCAUUCAGCAUUAACCUGAGGUUGGGAAUCAGAGAGCAGUGCUGGUACACCGAUUUUCUAGCUGGAGGGACUUGUGCUCUAAAUGAAGCAGCUACUACUCUACUAGCUGCUCAUUUGGAUGUAAUAACGCUCUUAGUCAGUUUUUGAUUUGAUGAUUUGUGAAUUAUUUAUACAAAUAAGCAGUGGUUAGAAGAGGAAAGCCAUUAUUACAGGAUAAAAAAU